AUGUCCGGUUUUGACAUUGCAAGCUUUCGAGACAAAUUGCCACGGUCUAGAAAACCCAACACAACCUUUGAUCUACAAGACGAUGCUUCGUCCGGUUCAGAUUCAAGCGAUUCCGACUAUAGCAGCCAAAGACGCAAAAAGAGUCGACGAGUUCUCGAGUUUACUCAACCAGAAUGGAGCGAUGACAGUGACAAUGAAAAGGAUGCGGCGAAGGAAUCCAUAGAAACCAAGACGUCUGACACAGCAGCAGCAACAACGGCAGCAACAACCUCUUCAUCCAGUGUGGCAACCGAGCAGACUUCACAGCAGAUUAUGACCCUCUUGGAUGACGAUGAUGACGAUGAUGAUUUGGUUGGCAUCAAAAAAGACGAUACACUCAUAAUAUUGUCAGAUGGCGAUGACGAGGAUGAGAUACAAGAGAUCAAAGAAUUACGAAAUGUGAAUGGAAGCAUGCACCCGAAACGAUCGCAUCAUGAACCACAACCAUCAACGCUCCCAAAGAGAGCCAAAAUAAGCAUUCCAACAUUUCAACAAAUCGAAGAUCUUGAUCCUGAUUUGGCGUCCAUCCUUCCUGGCAGCGCACCUUCACCAUCAUCAGCAUCGCAAAGCCCAUCACGUGCCACGAGUCAUAGUCCUGCGCCAGCACAAAAGGUACUCAUCAAGGUGUGCUACACGACACCACGGAUACCAGACGAUGAAAGGUUACAGGUGCUGAUCGAUAAGCUCAAAAAGCCGCUUAGCGUUUAUGUGAUGGAGAAUGACCCUUUUGACAAAUUGUUGACUCGUUAUGCGCAGCACAAAAAGUUAAGGAAAGAUGACUUGCAAUUGGUAUACAAGGAUGUGCCAGUGGUGCUACGAGCGACUCCUGCUAGUCUGGACAUGGUCACAGGUGGACAAACCAAAAACUUGAUGCAGGUGUAUGUCAAGAGCGAUUAUGAAAAGAUCAUUCAAGAAGAGUUGCAAAAGAAGGAGGAAAUGGAAAAGAUGUUUGAGAAGCCAAUUACGGAUGAGGAACUAUUUGCUGCCAAUACCACCACCACCGCCGCCGCCACCACUACAACCACCACUACCGAGGAAUCCACGCAAGGCGCUGAUACGGAAGACCGGUUAUUCCUUAAAUUGCGAGGCAAGGAGGGUGAUGAUGUUGUGUGUCGUGUAAAAAAGACAACCACUAUGGCGAAUUUGGCCAAACAUUACUGCGCAAUCAAAAAGCUGGGCGAUAGUGUGGCGAGCAAAAUCGAACUUUCAUUUGAAGGAGAGACUUUAUCACCGAAUGACUGCGUAGAAGAUACUGAAUUAGAGAGUGAAGAUAUUGUAACUGUAACUAUAAAGUAA